AUGAUCAACUCAAAUAAUCUAGAAGUUCAGUUGACAUGGGUGAAUACAGAAAAACCACAUAUACCGUCUCCAGAUACACUACGAUUAUUGCUAACAAAAUAUCCUAAAAUCAACACAUCCAAUCCAAUCACAACCAUCACCAGAGAUGCCAGACCUCCAACUGCUACGCGAAGCUUGACAGAGACAUCGAUACCCACCGCUACCCCUCUGCUGAUAAAUGUAAGAUCUAUGAGUAUGGCUAAUUCGACAUCCGUUAUUAGAACGUCAAUACCAAGUGGUAUAAAUGAAUCGCUACCAUCAUCCAGGUUUGCAACAGGAAAUAAUAAUAACAUAUCGACAACGACUUCAAACAUCCCCCAUAGAAAGACGAAUAAUAAUAUAAACACCAACAAUGGUAUUGGAUCAGCAAUCUUAAGAAAUGGUAGUAUAACAACAGGAAAUGAUCUUCGGGGUGUAUGCGCGGAUACAGGAGAUUUGGAACCUGAUCCAUUGAAAGGAAUACGACAGUCUCAACAAGCGAAGCGUAAAAUUCAAUCACGGUUACCAGUUUCUACAGUCAAGCCUACUUCGGAAGGAUCUGACCAAGAUUUUAUCAAUAAUAAUGAAGAUGUGCAUUUUGUUGAUUUAACCAGUCCUACUAGACCCAGUCGAAUUAUUUCUACAACUACCACUACAACAAUACUGUCUGUAGCACGAGAGAAUCCUAGUCCAACUGGACAGUCGACAAUGAAUGGCAGUUCAAAUUCCGCAGUAUUUCAAUCAACCUCCAGGAAGACUAUUUCUACAGCUGGUAAGAGACCAAGUCCUAAUGAUGAGUCUGAAUCCUUAACAAGAAAGAAGCCUAAGGCGGAUGAUCAAACUGAUCUUCUUUUACAAUUAAUUGCUUUUCAAGAUCAGAAAAUUGCGCUAUUGGAACAAAGAUUCAAAACUAGUGAGUCUACUCUGAUUUCUUUAGAUGCAAAACAAUCAUUCUAUAAAUAUGAAUUUGAACCAAAAUUGAAAUAUAUCGAAGAAAAGUUAAAAGAUAUAAAAUCAAGAUCCAACAUCCAGGAAUCAAUCACAUCUAACAAUAUUUCAUUGGAUUUUGUUACGAAAUGCAAAAGUGAAGAAGAAGUGACAUCCAAAAAUGACAAAAAUACACUCUCUGAAGAAACCGAUCUAGGGAAUGGAUUCAUACAAUCAUCUUCACCAAUUUUGGAAGUAUUUGACAGUUUGCCGACCAAGUCCAUCCAGCCUCCAGUACCUCCUCCAGCUUCACUACAUGUUCGUCCAAUUAUUCAAUCUACGCCAGUUGUCAGUGAGACAACUGAGGACCUUACAGAAUCUUCAGUUGCAGCUACAUUAACAAGAGACGCGGAUGUUUUUGCAGUUCCGUCAGUUCCAGCAUUCACCCUUCCUCCUCGCAGAACCACCGCCAUGGCUGCUGAACCUAGUCGAUUAGCAGCGGCCAGAAAUCUAGUUGAAAGCACGCAAAUUUCUGAUGUUGAGGAUGAUUUUGGAGAUCAGACAAUGGAAGGAUUGUUAACACCUACUCAAGACCGAGAUGAAAUUGAUGAUAUUGGUAGUUUUAUAAUUGAUGAGGAAUAUGGUGAUGAUGGAUCAUUUUCUGAUUCGGUUGAAUCUGAUACUCAGACUGACAAAGAUGAUGAUGAUGAACCUAUUGAAGAUGAUGAGAUUGUUGAUACUGAGGAUUUUGGGGUGGAUGAAUUAGAAGAGCUAAGGAUGUCACCUGAAACUGCAGAAACGUUUGGAAUUCACUAUGGUACUGUACAAAGUCGACCAUUUACAAUCGAUGAUGAUGAUGCUGAUGCUGAACGAGUUAAAUUGCCAGGUGAAGUAGAAGACGAUGAAGAAGAACCGAAAGAAAUCAUCAAUUAUUCAACGCAGUAUAAUCAAGAGCGUGAAUUGGAUGUUGUUGAAAUUCUUGAUGAUGAUGAUGAGCUGGAUUUUUCUGAUGAUGAUGAUUCGAUGAUAUUAGCAAUUCCCAAUUCAAUAAAUAAUAUCUUGGCGGAAAACUCCAACAAAACGAACGUACCUCUAAGCAUCCCCGAUAGUGAUUUUGAUGACGAUGAUGAUGAAUUAAUGAAUAUCAUAAAUGGAGGCCAACCAAUCCCAACUCAAAAUGGAACUCUCGUGAAUAAGGAAAAUAUUCCCCCUGGUUCAGAACCCUUUAUUCAAGAUGUGUAUCUGGUGCUUAAUUCGGUAUUUAAAUUAAAAUCAUUCCGUUCGAAUCAAUUAGAAGCUAUAGUGGCAACAUUAAUGAAUAAGGAUGUAUUUGUGUUAAUGCCUACAGGUGGUGGUAAAUCGCUUUGUUAUCAAUUACCUUCAUUAAUCCAGAGUGGGAAAACAAAGGGUACCACCGUGGUUAUUUCACCUUUGAUUUCAUUAAUGCAAGAUCAAGUUGGUCAUUUAUUGGAUUUAGACAUUAAAGCAGGUAUGAUAAGUUCCAAAGCUAGUGCUGAUGAUAAUAAACAUAUUAUGAAUUUGUUUAGAGAAGGAUUAUUAAAUAUCGUUUACUUAUCUCCCGAAAAAGCUAAUAAUUCAACCAUGGUUCAACGAAUUAUAACCAGAUUGUAUGAAAAUGGUCAAUUAGCUCGAGUGGUUAUUGAUGAAGCUCAUUGUUUAAGUUCUUGGGGUCACGAUUUCCGUCCCGAUUAUCAAGGUAUGGGAUUUUUCAAGGAGAAAUACCCCAAGGUUCCAGUUAUGGCAUUAACUGCUACUGCAAAUGAAAAGGUCACGAUGGAUAUUAUGCAUCAUUUAAAAAUGAAAGAUCCGGUAUUUUUGAAACAAAGUUUUAAUAGAACUAAUCUAUAUUAUCAAAUCAAGAAGAAAGAAGGACCUUAUUUAGAAUGGAUCAGAAAUUAUAUCACCAGUCGAUAUAAUAAUCAAACAGGAAUCAUUUAUUGUCAUUCAAAGCAAGCAUGUGAACAAACCAGUUCUAGGUUGAAUCUGUUUGGGUUGAAAACCUCAUUUUAUCAUGCAGGUAUGGAAGCUAAUGAUCGAAGUGAAGUUCAAAAUCUUUGGCAAAAGGGGAAAAUUCACGUCAUUUGUGCUACGAUUGUAUUUGGUAUGGGUAUUGACAAACCGGAUGUGAGAUUUGUGAUUCAUUUGACAUUACCAAGAAGUUUGGAGGGAUAUUAUCAAGAAACUGGUCGUGCUGGGAGAGAUGGACUCGAAUCGGAAUGUAUUAUGUUUUAUGGCUAUCGUGAUGCUAGAUCUAUGCAAGGUUUGAUCCAAAGGGAUCAAGAUAUAACUGAAGAAGCGAAGGAGAAUCAUUUGGCUAAAUUACGACAAGUGGUGCAAUAUUGUGAGAAUAUUACUGAUUGUAGAAGAAAACAAGUUUUACAAUACUUUAAUGAAUCAUUCGAUCCAAAAGAUUGUCAUAAGAAAUGUGAUAAUUGUCAAAAUUAUACCAGCGUUAGCACAGUUGAAAAGGAUUGUACUGAUCAUGCCAAGAACAUUAUCAAUUUAGUUCGAUCAAUUCAAGAAGAUAGAGUAACUGUCCUUCAUUGUCAAGAUGUUUUCAAGGGUUUAAAUCAUAAUAAAAUUUCCAAAAUGGGUCAUAAUAAUAAUCCAUAUCAUGGUAAAGGUAGAAGUUUGGAAAAAACCGAUGUUGAACGGAUAUUUUUCAAUUUAUUAACUGAAGAUUGUUUAGUUGAAUAUCAAAUUAUGAAAGCAGGUUUUGCCACCAAUUAUGUCAAAGUUGGAAAGAAUGCUGAUUCAGUAUUACGAGGUCAUAAACAAAUUAAGAUUCAAUUUAGUACUGUCUCGUCGAGACCAAAUUCUAAAGAAACGAAUUCAAGAGCUUUGAAUCGGGCCGUUCCUGCUCUGGGAGCUUCUAAUGGUGGUGGUGAUUUAUCUAACUUUAGAUAUCGUGAUUCAUUUGUAAGUGCUAGACAAUUGUCGAUAAUUGAUUUACCAAAUAAUAAUUUUGGUGGUGAUAUAGAUAAGGAUGAAUUACCUCAUAUUGAACAUUGUUAUGACGAAUUAAGUCAUAUUCGAAUGAAUGCUUCUACUGAAAUUGAUAUUCCUGCUCAUCAGGUAGUUUCUGAUCGAACUCUUAAAGAUAUGCUGAUUAAGUUACCUACUAAUAAAAAGGAUUUUGCAAAGUUAUUAGAGAUUAAGAAAGAUCAAUUGGAGUAUUUUAGUUAUUUUAAGAAGAGCUUAACUAACUUAUCACGAGAAAGAAAGAAGAAGGAUACUUCUACUGGAAGUCAUUCAACUCAAAAGCUGACUUCAUCAUCAGCAACUUCAAGAACUAUCGCGACUACUGCUUCAUCCCGACUAGUCUCUACUGGUGUCGUUUCGAGACACUUCCACCCAUCUCAAGAGGACCAAAGGAUUAUUGAAGAGUUAAAGAAAGUGGUGCUGCAUGGUACACAAGAAAGCUCAACCAGAAAUAAACGAAGUCAGGUGGGUGCAAAAUCAAGUUAUAAUAAUGGGCUGAGAAAAUUUUCAAAGAAAACAAGAAGAAGAAGUAGUCAAACUGUAAGACGAUCACAAGGAAGAUCGACACAGGCAAGAUCAAAAGUUACGAAACCGUCAACAACGGCUAGUAGAACGACUAAAGCAUUACCUUUAUAG